UGUUGCUGGAACGAUGGCGUCCCAGUGUAGUCUCUCGACUUUAUUUCCUAUUCAAAGUCAGCUGGAUUGCGACUUAGACGAAGCCACGACGCGACAAGAGAAAGAAAAUCUUGUGCACCAGUAUUUGAGCAAACUAGACGAGGAAGAGGAUCUGAAGAUACCCGAUUUCCAGACAGGCUUGGAAUGGCUGAACACGGAGGGUCCUCUGUCUCUGAACAAGGAGCUGGCUGGGAAAGUGGUGCUGCUGGACUUCUUUACUUACUGCUGCAUCAACUGCAUGCACAUCCUGCCUGACCUGCACCAGCUGGAGCACGAGCACUCUGUCAAAGAUGGACUGGUGAUCGUCGGUGUUCACUCGGCUAAGUUCCCCAACGAAAAGGUUCUAGACAACAUUCGCAGCGCUGUGCUCCGCUACGACAUCUGCCAUCCGGUGGUGAACGACAGCGAGGCCUGCCUCUGGCACGAGCUGGAGGUGUCCUGUUGGCCCACGCUGGUCCUGCUGGGCCCGCGUGGAAACCUUCUCUUCUCUCUGGUUGGAGAAGGCCACCGCGACAAGCUGAAGCUUUUCACUGACAUGGCCCUCCGUUACUACGGGGAGAAGGGUCUGCUGAAGGCACACACAGUGGGGAUCAAACUCUACAGAGACUCCCUGCCUCCCAGCGUCCUGUCUUUUCCUGGGAAGGUGGCCAUAGACGACAGCAGGAAGAGGCUGGCCAUAGCAGACACCGGGCAUCACAGAAUACUGGUGGUUACCGUUACUGGGCAGCUUGAACAUGUCAUAGGAGGGCCUGAAAGUGGAAGACAAGAUGGCGACCUGUCCAAAGCUUCCUUUAACUCCCCUCAGGGUGUGGCCAUUAAAGGAGACACUGUAUAUGUGGCUGACACAGAAAACCACCUGAUAAGAAAGAUCGACCUCUCAGAGCGGAGAGUCAGCACUCUAGCAGGAGUAGGCACUCAGGGCACAGACAAAGAGGGCGGGGCCGUGGGACCUGAGCAGCCCAUUAGCUCUCCUUGGGAUGUGACUCUGGGCUCUGCCGGCGCUGAUGAAGAUAACGUGCUGUGGAUAGCCAUGGCAGGGACCCACCAGAUCUGGGCUUUGUUCCUAGCAGAUGGGAAGCUGCCCAAAGGAAGUGAGUCUAAGGCCGGGACAUGCAUAAGAUGGGCUGGCAGCGGGAGUGAGGAGAACCGGAACAACUCGUACCCUCACAAGGCGGGUUUCGCUCAGCCUUCGGGUCUGGCUUUGGCCCCUGAGGAGCCAUGGAGCUGUCUGUAUGUGGCCGAUAGUGAAAGCAGCACCAUCCGCACGCUGGCACUGAAGGACGGAGCCGUCAAGCUGCUGGUCGGAGGAGAGAGAGACCCAAUGAACCUUUUUGCUUUCGGGGAUGUAGACGGGAAAGGAGUCGGCGCCAAGCUGCAGCAUCCUCUCGGUGUUGCCUGGGCUCCUGAACAAAGCCUGCUCUAUGUGGCCGACUCCUACAACCACAAGAUCAAGUUGGUUGAUCCGAAGACGAAGCAGUGUAGCACAUUAGCUGGGACUGGCGAGGCUGGAGAAACCCUGGGCCCUGAAUUUGACAAAUCCUGCUUCAAUGAACCUGGAGGAGUCUGUGUGGGCGGCAGUGGAAAACUUCUCUUUGUGGCCGAUACCAACAAUCACCAAAUCAAAGUGCUGGACCUGACCUCCAAGACCGUCUCACUGUUCCCCGUCUCCAUGGACUGCACAGACUCAGUACCGUCAAAGCCUACGGGUCCGGCCAAAGCCCCGACGCUGCCUAAAUCAGCUCCCAGGAAAGAAAUGCCCGCAGUGGUGGUGUCUGCAGGCCAGACUCUCGUCAUGUCAGUCACUCUGUCGCUUCCAGAAGGAACCAGACUCACUGAAGAGGCCCCCAGCUGCUGGGCGCUCUCCGCUGAGGGUAACGAGUGGCUUCUAGGAGGUCAGGUGAUCACUGGUGACAUAAUGGACGUGUCGAAGCCCAUCUCCAUCACAGCCAAACUUCCAGCUGUUAUAAAGGACUCAAACAGCAAUCCAAGCCUCACUCUGGGUGUGUGGGUGUACUACUGUAUGGAAAAGGGUAACGCCUGUAUGAUGAAAGCUGCCUCCUUCACCCAGCCUCUUCAAAUAAGUGCCAAUGCUGUCGACGGAGAUGUUACUCUAUCUUUGGCUCACACCUUCUAAGACCCUUUUUAAUUGUUUAAGUCACAUUAAGUGCAGAAUCAAUACCUUCUACACACACAUACUCGUUUUUCAUUUCUGUCCUAGCUAACUCCAGCUCCUGUUUUGUUUCAGGGAUCCGUAAGUAGAGAGCACAGAUUGUUUCUGACUGUCACUUCUAACAAAAAUGCAGCUCAUACAAAUCGGAUUUUCUGGGGAAUUUCAUUUCAAACUGCUCAGAGGGCCAAACACAAAAGAAAACAAAUAGUUACAUCCCCAGGCAUCUUACAAAUCAUGCACAGGGAAGUGAAGUGAAAACAAUGCAGCAAAUAAAUAUGAAAACAUACUGGAGGAGGAAUUUUUAAAAACAGAUUUAGUUCAAAUGGGCUGAUAUAUGAUCCAGCAGAAGAUGGAUUCUACCUCUCCUUGCACAAGCAUUGCUUUUGAAUGCUAAUACAGAAAAAAGGCCUAACCUCAAAGAUAUAAUAUUGGAAUCCCACGAGGCUUUCAGUUGGAUUAUUAAGAUCCCAAAUCAAAACUCUCAAACGUUCUUUAUUCUUAAUUCAGGGAGAGAAGAAGAAAGCUGAAAAGGACAAGGUCAGGAGAGGUUAUCUAUGCAGUAGACUCACAUUGGUAUUAUCAUGACUAAUUAGAAAAAUGACUCGCUUCAGAGGAUUCAAUCAAACAUUAGCUGUGCACUUCUCUGUUAUAUAUAUGUCCAUGUUUACGUAUGGUUUCUUUGGUUUACACUCCUCCAUCGUGGCUGCGGUCUUCAGGCACACUUUUCUAACUCGUACAUAUUUGUUUAUGUAAAUUUACACCCUCUAAAAGGUUUUGCUCUUCUCUUACAGUUUUGUUCUGGGUCUCCACUGCUUGUUUCAUACUUUUGAAAUGCAUUAUUCAUGACCCGAAGGAGAUGUUCUAGAGCAUAAAAUAUGACUCUUAUCUAAGUAAUGAAUGAAGUGCCUGUACUCCGAAAGUGGACGCAACCUCCUGCAAACUAAUGAUCGGCUUUCUGCUGCCUUUGCACUGUGAGCGAUAUCAUAUUAAGAACGUCUUAUUAAAUAACCUCUCAAGAUUAAAUACAUUUCAUCUCAUGAUAAGGAGAUGCUCUAAUACUGUGACAUGCUCUGAACUAUGUGAUGAUAAUGAGCAAGUUGUCAUUUCCCAUCAUUGGUUUGUUGUAAGAAAUGGACCAAAGAGUUCUUUUUUUUUUUUGUCGCUGUCAUGUCUCACAUCAUGACGUUUCUUUUCAGACUCUUUUUAUUUGGUUUGGAUCACUCGGCCCGAAUGCCUCAAGAAGAGGUGCCACUGUAUGGAUGGUGAAAAACUGAUGACACUUAAACUGUAUCAAAAGCAAUAACAUUUGUGUAAUGAGAGGAAUGUUUUAUUCCCACAAGUUAUUUAUUUCAAAUGAACUAGAAACGACUUGCUAGCUGGAUUCCUCAGUAUUCUGGCUUUUUUUUUUACUAACCAUGAUGAGCUUGAGUUGCUGCCUGUGAGCGUUAAGUUCAGGUGUGAUUUGGGACCGUCUGUGUUACUACUUCUUAAUGCUGCACUUUAAGAUUAAACGAAAAGCUAAGAAAACAUUUGUAUGUCUGUUUCCUGUGUGCAUUGAAUAAAGAGCAUUGCUUUACAAAUCCUUUACAUA